UCGCCACAGAAUAAGUUAAAUUUAGACGAGAUAGUAUUAAUCCAACAUUGAACCAUUCCACCUUGAUUUAGUUAGUACUUAGUGAUUAGUUAGUGUUUGCUAUAGUAGUUGAAAUGAGUGAAUCUACAAAAAGAUCACUUUUGAGUUAUUUCAAAGUGGAACCUAAAAGAUUGAAAACUUCUGGAGAUGAAGAUGAUCCUCAAGAAAUACCUGAAAACCCACAACUACAGUGUAAUUCAAAAAACAAUAUUUCCACUUCUAGUUCUAAUUUAGUUUCUAUAAAUGAUACAAGUUUAAAUGAUGUUAGAAUUGAAUGUACAAAUGAAUUAAGUACAGAACAAAUUGUUUGUUCUUAUGACAUUAGCUUAUAUGUUGGACCAAAAGCCAGGAAGUACUUAAGUCUAGAUUCUAGGACCUACAAUAGUGAUAAUUCGGACCUUCUUUGAACCCCCCCCCCAUUUUGAAAUCCUGGGCACGCC